GACGGCCUGACGUCAUUUCCGGGUGACUCCACGGGCCCGGCGAUGAUGCUUCUGCUGGCACACUGAUUUACUAUUCGGAUAUUUUCAUAUUUUUUACAGCCCAACACAUGCGGGGUUUAGCCACGAAGAAGCUAGCGUGAAUAAUUAAUCAAUAAGUGUUCUCAGGUCUUGAUUCGGCCUCCUAAAACCGUCCCGUUCAUUGAGCGACCCCGCAACCAGACGCGUAUAAAAGGUCUACUACUCUACCCCACCCAAAAGACCACCGUCUCAACCCCUGCCCGGGCCCUCAACAUUCAACCAGCCGCCCCCAACUUGCUGUUCACCCUCGCCUAGAAGCAGGAGAGGAGUCCCCUGCGCCCCCCCUCCCCUCCCCCCCACCCCCACCCCUCUCUGACCGUCUACACCCUCCUGCCCUCCAUCACGACAUCAGUACCUGGGCGUUGCGAGGGGAUCCCUGGCUAUGAAGCUGAAGGAGGACAUGAACCCCCUGCUGCUGCAGGUGUUCCGAUCGGUGGUGUGGGUGUACUCCGUCAUCACCUUCCUGCCCUGGUACUUCCUGUCGGGCACGAGCACCAGCCUGGAGCGGGCGCGCCGGCAGAAGGCCCGCUCCAUCACGGGCCACACGGCGGGGCCCUACAGGGCCAUCAACAGCCAGCAGGGGCUGGCGGCCGCGCUGUACCCCGGGCUGGACACCCUGGACAAGGUGUUUGAGCACGCGGCCACGCGCUUCCCGGCCCGGCACUGCCUGGGCACGCGGCAGCUGCUGAGCGAGGAGGACGAGCUGCAGCCCAACGGGAAGGUGUUCAAGAAGGUGAUCCUGGGAGACUACAACUGGCUGUCCUACCAGGCGGUCUACCAGGCAGCCAAGAGCUUUGGCUGUGGGCUGGCGGCGCUAGGCCAGAAGCCCCAGUGCAACAUCGCCAUCUUCUGCGAGACCAGAGAGGAGUGGAUGGUUGCGGCGCAGGCCUGCUUCAUGUACAACUUCCCGCUCGUCACUCUGUACUCCACCCUGGGACCCAACGCCAUCGCCCACGGGCUGAACGAGACGGAGGUCACCCACAUCAUCACCAGCAGAGAGCUGCUGCAGAGCCGCCUCAAGGCCAUCCUGUACGAGGUGCCCAGGCUGCAGCACAUCAUCUUGGUGGACCGGAAGCCGGCCAGCUGGCCCGACAUGCCCAGGGGCAUCGUGGUGCUCAGCAUGGACGCAGUGCAGGAGAUGGGGUCCAAGCCCAGCAACAUGGCCGCGACACACAGGCAGCCAGCGCCGUCGGACAUCGCUGUCGUCAUGUACACCAGCGGCUCCACAGGCAUCCCUAAGGGCGUGAUGAUCUCCCAUAGCAACAUCAUCGCCAGCAUCACCGGCAUGGCCGAGCGCAUCCCCAACCUCGAUGAGACGGACACCUACAUCGGCUACCUGCCCCUGGCCCAUGUCCUGGAACUCAGCGCAGAGCUGGUGUGCAUCUCCCACGGCUGUAGUAUCGGAUACUCCUCCCCACAGACCCUCGCUGACCAGUCUACCAAGAUCAAGAAGGGCAGCAAGGGUGACACCAGUGUGUUGAAGCCAACUCUCAUGGCUGCUGUACCGGAGAUCAUGGACCGCAUCUACAAGAAUGUGAUGACCAAAGUAGAGGAGAUGAGCAGCUUCCAGCGGUCCCUGUUUGUCCUGGCCUACAACUACAAGAUGGAGCAGAUCUCCAAAGGCUACAGCACACCUCUCUGUGACAGGUUUGUGUUUAAGCGGGUGCGCGCCCUGCUGGGGGGGCAGACGCGGGUGCUGCUGUCGGGCGGAGCCCCGCUCUCUGCUGCGACGCAGCGCUUCAUGAACAUCUGCCUGUGCUGCCCGGUGGGCCAGGGCUACGGCCUCACGGAGACCUGCGGGGCUGGCACCAUCAGCGAGGCUUGGGACUACAGCACGGGGAGGGUCGGUGCACCUCUGGUGUGCUCAGAGUUCUCCCUGAAAGACUGGGAAGAGGGAGGGUACUACAGCUCAGACAAGCCCAACCCGCGUGGGGAGAUCCUGAUCGGGGGGCCCAACGUCACCAUGGGCUACUACAAGAACGAGGCCCGGAACCGCCUGGACUUCUUCGUGGACGACAGCGGCCAGCGCUGGUUCUGCACGGGCGACAUCGGGGAGUUCCACUCCGACGGCUGCCUCAAGAUCAUCGACCGUAAGAAGGACCUGGUGAAGCUGCAGGCAGGAGAGUACGUGUCCCUGGGCAAGGUGGAGGCGGUUCUGAAGAACUGCUCCCUCAUCGACAACAUUUGUGCCUACGCCAACAGUGAGGAGUCGUACGUCAUCAGCUUCGUGGUGCCCAACCCCAAGCAGCUGAUGGCCCUGGCCAAGCAGCGGCAGGUGCACGGCAGCUGGGAGGAGAUCUGCAACAACCCCGAGAUGGAGAGAGAGGUCCUCCGCAUCAUCACAGAGGCCGCCGUCUCAGACAAGCUGGAGCGCUUUGAGAUCCCCAAGAAGAUCCGGCUGAGCGCCGAGGCGUGGACGCCGGAGACGGGCCUGGUCACCGACGCCUUCAAGCUGAAGCGCAAGGAGCUGAAGUCCCACUAUCAGGAGGACAUCGAGAGGAUGUACGGCGGCAAAUAACACACACGCGCGUAUUUAUACACACAGACACACACAGACACACACAGACACACACACACAGGCCACUUCCCCGGACUACAUGGCCGCCUAGUUCACAGAACAGCUCGUACACUCCUAACACACACACACACACACACACACACACGUCCUCUCUUUGGCUUCCCAGCCAACAGCUUGGAUCAAAACGGGGAGGAAGACAUGAAUCCUGCAGAGAGAUAUUCGUUCCAGACUUAAAGCGGUAGCAGGGCAUCCGACGACGCUUAGCCCCCCACCAGCCAACCAUACACACACACACAUAGUCACAUGCAGGGUGCCCGCGCAGCUUCCCUUGGCCCAUGUAGCUUAUCUGGUUGCCAUGACACCAAGGCAACGCAUAGAUAAACGCGAGCAGGGAAUGUAUGGUUGGAUUUGGACUUGCACAACCCCAGAGGAAAGAAAAGUGUGUGUGUGUGUGUGUGUGUGUGUGUGUGUGUGUGUGUGUGUGUGUGUGUGUGUGUGUGUGUGUGUGUGUGUGUGUGUGUGUGUGUGUGUGUGUGUGUGUGUGUGUGUGUGUGUGUGUGGGGCACUAUGGGGGGAGGUUGUGUUUAGGACACUCGCUUGGCUUUAAUUCACAAUUCAGGUUGAAUUCAUGCAGGGAUGUCUUACUCUGUUGGCUGAUUAUGGGAGCGGUUUUCUUCAUUGUUGUCAUUUGUUGCUUUUAUAUUUUUUUGGGUGAUAAGAGGUAUGUGUGUUGCUGUUUUUUUUACUGGUCUGUUAUUCUGGAAAGCCCUUUUUGAUAAUUAAUUUCCCUGUUGAGGAACCAGCGUUGUAAAGCCAUGAGAGAUUGAUCACAAGCCUGUCCUUUAAUGUGUGUUUUUUAAACCGUUCGGCCCCUCCCUAGUGUGCUCCUUGUUUACUCCUGUUGCAUUGACUGGUAUUCUUUCUUUUGUAAAACCGUUCUUUGUGAUAGCCUUGCUCCAUUAGCACCUACUUGCGUCCCAACAUCUUUUUUACAACUGUGUGUUUACCUGCUCAAGUCACUUGAAGGAGUCAUGGAGCAAGUCGUCUGCCCUCUUUAUAUAGUCUUUAUAUAACCUACUAAUAAUAAGCUAAUUCUUACCCCGAGUGGCCGUGGCGCCCCGACCUCUCCUCCGCGGCCCCUGGACUUCCUGUCUCAGCAGCGCCCCACGCCAUGGAUCACAUGACUAGGCCCAUUUACUUUUGAUUUGAAUCCCUUGCAAAGGAAGGACUCGGGUUCAUUUCGGUCCUGUGUUGGUUUAUUACUGCCAACUCCUUACGAAUCCGACUUUAACGUAUCGCUAAGGUCGCCAUAGGAACCACGGCAGGCCCAGAUAUGUUUUGACACAUGAGUGAGCCUCUAAUUCUCCUUCUUCAUUCGCUGUGCAUUCAAGUGUUCCAGGGUCGCUCUUCUGACUGCUUCUCGUCGCACAAGGUUUAUGUAAUAUCUUGUUUUGACCAUAGGUCUAGUUACUGUCGCCUAUAUUACUGUUACCUAUAGUUCUAAAAAAAAAAAAAAUUUGAAUGUGCAAUAUUUAGCCAAAAUUUGUAAUCGGAAAAAGAAGAAAAAUGCCACAGCCACUCCAUAAUGUAUGGAUGUCAUGGCUUUAUUGUUUACAUUUCAGAGGUCUGUACGAUGGCAGGAAAACAAUGUGAUGUGGAUGGUAGAUGAGACACACUAGCUAGAUAUAGCCAAUCUGUACGGGCGUUUUACAAAGUGCUGUUGGAGCCAAUGUGUUGUGUCAAGUAGAACAUAAAAGUACUAUUGCCACUGUAAAGAAUGAAAUUGCAUCUUAAAAGUAAACAAAGGGGUGCAGAUUUACCAAUACAUUUGAAUAUGGAUUAUAUUUAUGUAAAUAUGAGACUGAAUUCCCUCCGAAUAAGAUCAUAGUGCGUGAGAAUAAAAAUAUGUAUCUGUGUUUGGACUUGUCUUAAAGAUAUGUUUGGCCCCAUACCCAGAGACCACUAUGUGAGAACACUAGCCAAGGUGAUUCUAAGGUUGACUUAGUGUGUAUGAUAUGUCUAUGUGCAAUGUGUGUUGACUGAAGAAUACACACACACAACUGUAACUCACUGGCGGUUGAACGAUAUCACCGAUUCUGUUUUAUAAUACCCCCCCACCCUAAACUCCCAAGACGCUCGAGCCAAUGGGAAAGUACGUUAGCUUCUGUCGUACCACACCCAAGGUAAAACAUUAUUAUACGCUGAAGACUGAGACAUUGCUCUCUCAGGCUUCACGUCUUAUAAUAAGAAUACUGUCGAGUGUUGGUUCUGUUUUUUAUAUAUCUUUCCCCCCUCCUUUACCUUUCCAAAGGAGGUCGUAUACACACUUUGUUUCUCAUUGCUGCUUUCCUCUGCCCGACCAGAGGUGGCUAUAGUUGCCUUUUGACGCACAUGAGUUCCUCGUGGGUCCUCCAAAAGGAAUGUGAAGCGCUCCCCGUGUGUAUGUGCGUGUGUUGAACAUAAUGAAGACUCUAAGCGGGAGAGAGCGAUAGACCGCGUGUAGCGGUGUGUCUGACUCGACUACUGACUCUAAACAAAAGCAACGUGCGGUGUAAAAGUGAAUUUUUCACCACUCCUAUUGUUAUGUGGAUUAUUAACUUGCGUUGUAAAUAGGAUGCGUUAGAGGCAGGAAGUGAAGAUCAAAGUUUGCAAAAGCAUUUGUACACCCUGAAAACUUUACUCUUCUAAAAACCUAUUUAAUGCUCUUUAUCGACCAGUUUUAGGGGUCUGUAUCCCUCUCGUUUUGUGUAAGUGAGUGGCACCCCGUUGAGACGGGCUUCCGAUUCAGACUGCCUGUCGUGUCUCUUUCCUUAUUUAUUUGUAAUUUGGCCUUGCAAAUGGUGUAAUGAAAAUAAAAAGCUUUGUGCUGUAAACUAUG